CUUGCCUGUGCUCUGAUGCUCAGGCUCCUCCUCUCCAUCCUGCAGAGGGGUUGGAGGCGCAGCCCACCGGCUCUCACUGCCACUCACACCGCGCAGAGCAACAGGUACACCAAAUUAAUAGCCUAUUUGGAGUCACUGUACUGCGCAAUUCGUUGGUUAACUGAAGUAUUGAGUUUAAUAAAAUUGAAUUGAACUGAUUGCAAACAUGAAUCUAACUCCACCGGACCAAAGCAUUCAUAAGCCUAAUGAUGGUUGUCUGGAGGACAGCAAAGCAGACCUGAUGCUGCCCUGUUUUCGCAGAGGCAUGUAUGAGGAACCUCUCUCUUCUUACCACAGUGGAUCCCUGAUCUCUCAUCUCCUGCGAAAAACCAUCCACAGCAAGCGGCCCGCUCUCAACAGCGGCCACCUCUACUUGCCGCCCUCCUCCGUAUCUGGAGCUGGAUUGGUUGAUUCAGGAUCCACCUUGGCUGAGUCUGCUCAGGAGGAUCGGAGUAGCAUGUCUUCCAAGGACAGCCUGGGGGAGUCAUCGUCCCCUGGGGGUCACCCAUCUGGAAUGAGCGCCGAACCUGAACGCCCACUGAGCGAGCACCUCCAGGCCAAACGGGCCAGAGUGGAGAACAUCAUACGUGGCAUGGCAGGUUCCCCUAGUGACAGAUCACAUGGAGAAGGAGAUGGCGUGGAAGGUGAAGCCGGCAGGUACGGCACAGAAGUCUACAAGGAGAGCAAGCGCAAGCGGAAGCUUCCGCAGCACCAGGAACACAGUCAUUCUACAACUUUGACCAUGACUAGCAGCGCUAAUACAAGCAAAGAUGAAGAGUGCCACAAGCUGAGAGAGCAACUCCAGAGCAUGCAGCGCCUUUUGCGCCAACUCCAGGAGAAAUUCCUCCAGAUGUAUGACCAUGGUAACUCUGAGAACGAAGAGAAAGGGGAAGGAGAUUUUCAGGAAGACAUCAGUGAGGCGCAGCUGGAUUUGAGCAUCGACUCUGACAACAAAAGGAUUGGCAACAAGGAGAGAAUGAAAGCGGACGGCAGCUAUCUGAGCUCAGAGAGAGAUCAAAAGAGCCUACAGGAGAUGCUGAAGUGUGAGCUGUCCAGGGCUGUAAGUGAAAGUGUUGAUAUGGUGUUCAGAAAGCUCUCCAUGACCCUGUCGCCACAGCCACAAGUAUGUCAAAGCCCAGAAUACACAAAUGUGGAGAAACGAGCCCAACAAGCCUGCGCUCCAGAGCUGUCCGACUCUGAAGAUGUCUCAAAGUCCAGGCCUCUGGAGUUCUAUGAGAGCACCCCCGCCCCCAGCCCAGAGCACCAGACUGAAGCUUUGUCCCUAGUGGUCCGGAAACCCACUCUGAACCAGUUGAGCUCAGUAAGCCAGCAGGUGAAGAGGCCAUAUCCACUCCACCAGGCUCCCUUCCAGUUCAGUUACAGUGCCCCCCUCCAUGACAGCCAGAUCUUGGAGCAUCUCCUGAAGUAUGGACCUCAUGCUAAUUUCGGUGGGAUCCCUUGCCUCCCCCCGUCCCUGGACCGGUCGUCCCCAGAUUCAAUGGACCUUCCUUGGGAAAGCAUUGCCAUGAGGUCCAAGGUAAGCUCUGGGCACCUUGGCCAGCACCAUCGCCCUGGGGCACUCGGACAAGUCACAGUAGACAGCCUGUGCCUCCCUCACGUUAAGAUGGAGUGCGGUGACCUGCAGAGCAUGGCAGAGAGGAGCACCUUCAUGUCACUGAAUAUCCAAGAGGGUCUAACCCCCAACCAUCUGAAGAAAGCCAAACUGAUGUUCUUCUACACACGCUACCCAAGUUCAAACGUACUGAAGACCUUUUUCCCUGACGUCAAGUUUAAUCGCUGCAUCACCUCCCAGCUUAUUAAGUGGUUCAGUAACUUCAGAGAGUUCUACUACAUACAGAUGGAGAAGUUUGCCCGCCAGGCCAUUGUGGAUGGUGUGAGUGAUGUGAAAGACCUGGCUGUUACCAGAGACUCUGAACUUUUCCGCGCUCUCAACAUGCACUACAACAAAGCCAAUGACUUCCAGGUCCCUGACAGGUUCCUGGAGGUGGCUGAAAUCACACUUCAUGAAUUUUAUAACGCCAUCUCCCUCAACAAAGACACUGACCCCUCCUGGAAAAAAGCCAUUUACAAAGUCAUCUGUAAACUGGACAGCGAUGUUCCUGAGGAAUUCAAGUCACCUUCGUACCUCUAUGCCUAGUCUGGGAGCAGCACAGCAUCACCAGCAGAGCAGCGCUUCCUGGGACAGUGGGGAUUGUAAUUGCUUGACCAAGGGCACAGUCCGGAAUACUCAGUUAGUCCUGGCAUUUGAACCCACAACCUUCUGGUCGCUGGCUACCGGCCACUUAUUAUGACAUCUGACAUGUCAUAAGUGUCUAACAUGACAUUUAUAUUACUGGACAAAAUGUAUCAUGACAACUCAUCAC